AUGGCGUCGGCGGCGGGCGGCUUGGAUGUGUUUGAACCGGCGCGCUUCGAGACGCUGUAUGGAAUUCUGCAUACUGUCGUGAGCGCGCCGGCCGCAGCUGUACCCACAUGGUACCUGGACGUCGAGCGCAACCGUGCGGCCCUCGCGACGCUCGGCCGCGUCAAGCCCCCCAGCGAGGCGGAGCGGCGCGAUAUUUCCAAGGGCAUCAUUGUGCUCGAAGGCCACGCGCAGUCGCUCAACGCAGACUUUGUUGCACAGACGCUGCUGCUCUCCGACGAGCUCCACGUGUCGGAGACGUAUGCGGCCUCCCUGCUCCAGGAAGGCAUUGCAGCAAGUGCGCGCUGGGGCCGCACGCCCACCGAGGUGGCGUGCCUGCUCUUCUACCGCGAGCACCUCGCCCUGCUGGCCUGCCUCAAGGAGCUGGCCAGUGGCGCCUACACGCUGUGCGUCGGCGGCGACCUUGCCGCGGGUGUGCGCAUGAGCCGGCUCCUCGACGAGCUCGUGCAGGGCGACGAGUUGGUCCAGCGCCUGCUCGAGGCCAUGCGCUCGUACCCACAGGCGCGCGAGCGCGUGCGUGCGGCCAUGCAGCGCGCGAGUGCGUCGCCGCGCCUAAGCGAUGAGGUGCAGAUGGAGCGCACGACGUGGCUCGAGCAGGCGGAGCAGGAGGUCGGCCACAUCGUGUACCUGCUCGCACUUGCGCGGCGCCUUGCGCCCCCCGCGCUCGAAGCGCUCGUAGCGCACCUCGCUCAGAGCCAGGUGGCGCCGGCGCCGGCGCCAGCGACCGCGCUGUAUGCGCUCAUGGCCGUGCUGGCGGCCCUCGAUACGGUCCCGGACGAGGCAGGCGAAUGGCUGGCCCGGCACGCCACGUCCCCGGUGCACACGGCCGAGGCCCUGUGUGCCGAUGCGGGCCUCCUCUCGCGCCUGUGGACGGCGGCCACGGGUGCAUGGCAGCAUGCCGGUCUCCAGCACAUGGUGCAGCUGGCGCUCGCCCUGUUCAUCGCCGAAGCCCUCGCGAACCACGCGGCGCUCUCCGCGUCGCUCGGCCACACGAUGGAGGAUGUGCAUGCGCUGGCUCUGCGUGCGCUCACCGCGGACGACGACGCGAGCGCGCUUGUGUUCCUCGCCGUGCGUGUGCUCGGCUUCCGCCGCGUCCUCGACGGCGACCUGGAGGAGCGGCCGCCCGUGAUCGAUGCCGAGUUCCAGGAGUAUGUGCUGCAGCAAGUCCAGCACCUCAUGCUCAGCGUCACGACCACCUUCUUUCCGCUCCUGCGCAAGAUGCAGCGCAGCGAAGAAGACUCGGCAUUCGCGUCCCUGCGCGCCGCGCGCCCCGGCGCGCCGCCGCCAGCGCGCCGCUUUGACAUCGAGGCGCUCUUUGACGUCAUGGCCCUCCUGUGCCGCGGCCGCCCGGAAGCGGGCCUGCCGUUCUGGCAGGGGCAGGAGCGUGGCCUCUCGCGCUUCCUCCUCUGGGCCGUCGACACGCGCGAGCCGGGGCAGCAGCGCGCGCUCUUCGACAUGCUUGCCGCCCUCGCGGAGGGCGAGCAGUGUGCGGCGUACGCGCAUGCCCUGCUCGAAUACGACGCCGGCGCGCCGCCGGGCGGCGAGCGCCGACUCGUGACGUGGUCGCGCCUGUUUGAGUGGAUCGCGCACUAUGUCGAUGCGUUCCAGCGGCACGCGUCCGCCGUGAUGCCGCCGGACGAAAUGGUCCUGCUGCGUGCGUUCCUCGGCGUGCUGGCCACGGUCGUGCGGUACAGCGCCGCGACGCGCGACGCGCUUUUCCUCCACAAGGAGUAUGCGCCCCUGGACAAGCUGUUCGCGCUGUAUGCGUGCGCGGUGCCCGUGGACCUCAAGGCCGCGAUCCUGCAAGCCCUGACCGCCUUUGCGGCGCGCCCGCGCGAUGCCACAUCGCCGCGCGUGCUCUCUGCGCUGUGGGAGCGCCUCGAGCAGAGUGGCGCGGUGCGCGGCGCCGCGCCCCGUGCCGUGUACGAGCUGGAGCAUGUGGAAGCCGUGCACGGCCGGUACCCAGGCACGCGGCGCCUGGUCGAGCUGCUGACGGCGGUGCUGCCGUACGCGACGCCCGCGGCGCAGGCGGACGCGCUGGUCGCGCAUGUGCAGGGCCACGGGGCCCUGCCGCCUGCGCACGCCUUUACGGCCACGGGCGCCGCGCCGUACGUGGCGUUCGUCAUUGAGCAGGUGCUGCUCGCCGCCCCGCGUCGUCUGUACGCCCAGCCGGCCGAGCGCUGGGCGCUCUCGGCGGCGUGCAUCGAGUUUCUGGACCGCUGCCUCGCGGCCUUCUCGCUAGCGCCCCUCGACACGAAAGAGGCGCUCGCCAAGCACCCCGGCUUCGACAUCCUGCGCCGCCUCCUCAGCGGCUCGGCGCUGCUGCAGGAGCUGCUUGUGUUCGUGCACCCAGACCCGUCGCUCGCGGGCUUUGAGGUCGUGAACCAGGACCGCGCGCAGACGCCCGAGUUUGCGCGCGCCGUGCGCGGCGUGCUGCGCAUUUUGCUGCGUGUGCUGGACGUGCAGCCACUGCUCCUGCACACGCUCCUGCCCGCCUGGAGCGACGCUGUGGUGGGCGACCGCGCGCAGCUCGUGCCGCUCGAGGUACACCUGCUGCAUGCGCACCAGGUGGUCGUGCAACUCGCGCUCUACGUGAACUGCAUCGACGCGGAUAUGGCAUGGCUCUCGGUGCGGCUCGUGAGCGCGCUCGCGCGCACGUCCACGUUCCAGGCCUCGGACGCGUUUGGGCCGCUCCGCGCACGCACAUCGAUGAACCGCCUGGCAGGCCUCUUGGAGAUGACCGGCGAGGCCGCGCGCGUGACGAGCGGGGCCGUCGCGUGGCUCGACGCCAAGCCAGACAGCACCGAGUCGCCGACCGAGGCCGCGGACCCCCUCAGCGCGCCGGCCGGCGCCGCGCAGGUGCAGGAGGCGCUCCUGGAGCUGCUGCUCGCACAGACGGCGCGGCACGUGCCGGCCCCGAAUGUCGCGCACCUGCUGCUGGGCUUUGAGCCGGAGGCCACGGCGCCCGACCGCCUUGUGCACGGCGCGCGCGGCGGCCUGCUGCCUGCGCUCCUCGCGCGCGUCCAGCCACCCGUCACGCUGCCGUCGCUGCUCGUCGAGCGGUGCCUCGCGGUGCUGCACCAAGUGUGCAUGCACCCCUUUACGAGCACGGCCACGCUGCGCUUCCUGCGCACCCACGACUUUGUCGCGACGCAGCUCACGCACCUGUCGGCGCAGCCGGCCGCGGAGCCGGCGGCGAGUGGCGCGCUUGUACUGCACCAGGGCGAGGUCGUGCCGACCAGGGCCGAGUCGGCGCUCGCCUGGCUACACAUUCACGCGCAUGUGCUCGCGCUCGUCGCGCUCGAGCUGCACACGCUCGUCGGGCAGGACCAGCUGGGUCGCGUGGCGCCCCUGCUCUCGACGCUGCUGGGCGAGCCGGCGAUGCAGGGCCGCGGCGCGUCGAGUGGCCAGUGGCUCGCGCUGCUGCAUACGUCCGAGGUGCAGUGGGACGACGCGCACGAUGCGCACGAUGCGCGUACGGCUGCGCUCCUUGCGCCGGCGGUCGUCAGCGAUGUGCUCGUGUCGGACAAGGUAUACGACUUGAGCGCGGUCGCUGCGCUCCUGCUGGAGCAGCGCAGUGCGAUGGAGCCCGCCGCAUGGAUGGAGCAGGCGCGCGCGCGCCUCCUCUGGGCCGCUGCGCAAAACACGCGCCGUGCGAUGGCUGUGGCGCGGCGCGAGGCGUUCCAGGCGUGCUGUGAGGUGCUGGAUGUGCUGAUGAACGAGGUGCUCGCGGCGGUGCGCAGCGAUGCGCGUGUGCCGCUCCUCCUGGACGUGGCGAGCGCGCUCCUGCCGCGCCUGCGCCCCGACGAGGACGACGCGUACGUGUCGGACCUGGCCGCUAGCACACUGCUGCAUGCGCUGUACGCCCUGCGCGGGCAGCUGGAGCCCCCGAAUGACCGGCUGCUUGCGAUUCUCCGGGGCAUGCUCGAGUCGAUCGACCGCGGCCUCAGCGCGGCGGCGCGCAGUGACGUGUACCUGGCCGUGACGUGCCUGACGCAGCUGGCCAUGCGCGGCGCAGGGCCGCUCGGCACGCGUGUGCGCACGCUCCUUGCGACGCAUGCGCCGCGCCUCGUGGAUGUGGCGGCGCGCGACGCCCUCGACGGCACCGAUGUCGUGCAGACGGUGGCGCUGACCACGCUGACGUUCCUCGCCUCUCUGGAAGCGGCUGCGCCGCCGAUGCGUGUGGGGCCGCUGCUAUCGUCUCGUGGCUACCUUGCGAGUCUCGCGCGGCGCCUCCAAGAGCUGGACCGCCCGCUGCAGGCGGCGCUGGCGCCUGACCCGCCGUCGCUGAAUGCGCAGUACGUGUACGAGGCGCUCAUGGCGCUUCUCGUGCGUCUCGCGUCGUCGUGUGCGCCGCUCGUCCUCGACGCGCGCGUGGUCGAUGUGCUGGCGCGCGUCGACUUUCCGUCGAUGCGCCCGGAGCACACGCUCGACGACGUGGAUGGGUUCCUGCCGCCGGUCGCGGAGCGCUACGCGAGCCUUCUGACGCCGCUGCUGCAGCUGCUGGCAGCGCUGCUAGCGCAUGCGCCGGGCGCGUCGUCGUCCGUGCAGGCCGUGCUUGUGGCGCACCAAGACGCGCUGCUGGCCAUCCUGCAUGGCAUGACGCACGCGGCGCCCGGCGUCACGGACGUCGAGCAGGGCGCCCUGCUCGUCCACCUGCUCUCGUCGCUGACGCCGCCUGCGCCGUUCCACGCGGCGGUGCUGUCGGUGGCGGCCCUGUACCUGGUCCCGCAGGCGCACGAGCUGCUUGCGCCACAGACCCCGACGGAGCGCGAGGACACGGCGAUCUUGGCGCCCACGCUGAAUGGCCUCGUCCAGCAGGCGUCGCCGACGCGUCUGACGCUGUUCGAGCAGGCGGCGCGCCGCAGCGUUGAUCGCCUUGUGCGUGCGCUGAUCCGGUACAUGGAAUAUGCGAGUGCACAUGGUGAGGCGCGCGCGAUCCUGGUGCCGUCACUGCAUGUCGGCCGUGCCACGGACCAUGCUGCGUCGAGUGGGCGCGUCGUUGCCGCUCCGUCGCUCGGCGUCGCCAUCGCUGCGCUGCGCGAGCAGCUCGCGUCGCUCUCGGCCGCCGUGCAGAGUCUGGAGCGGGUCGAGGCGGUGCGUGCCGACCCACACGCCCUGCACGCGGACGAGUGGGCAGACUUGGCGGCCGAUGCCGGCGUGGCGCCGAGCCUCGCGCCGUCGGCGCAGCGUGUCGCGGGCGAAAAGGCCGUGCAGCAGGCCGCCGAUGUGCUGCACCACACGGUGGAGGCCAAGCUCGACAUGGUGGAGCGCUGGAUGGUGCUUCUUGUGCGGCACCUCGACCUGUUCACGCGCCUCGGCACGUCGCGUGCGGCGGGCGAUGUGCCUGCGCUGCGCGCGGGUGCCCAGACGGCCCUGGCGCCCGUGCUCGAUGAGCAUCUCGCGUACCUGGCGCUGCCCCCGUGCGUGGGCCCUGAGGCGGCGGAGCACGUGGCGUUCCUGCAAAUGGCCGCGCGCCGCAUCGCAGACCGGCUGCGCCCCGAGGUCGCGUAG